UCCAGCCGCCGUAAUGACGUCAGCUUUACGUCGACACGGAGAGGAAAAACUCAAUUCAAACUUCUCCUCUGAUUUGUUUCCAUGACAAACAGCAGGUUCAGCGACUUUAGCAAGACGUUGAAUUUCACAUGAAGCCGUGACUUUGUGAGUUUACUUAUAAAGCGAGCCGUGCUGUUUCUCCUGGAGCUUUUCUUUACAUUUAUUUGACCGACUCUCUCCGGCCCGAAGAAGAGACCGCCGCCGGGAGCUGCCGGUGGAGCGGACACCUGACAGCCAUCAUGUCAGGUUUAGCAUUACAGAGCGGGAACAUGCGAAGGCUGGACGAGGUGGACAUUCUCGACCCGGAGUUUCAACAGCGCCUAGAGGACGCUCGCACUCUCCUCAGGCAGGAAAUCCAGCGUGAGCUGAAGAUCAAGGAGGCAGCCGAGAGGAUGCGGAGAGCCGUCACCAACCGCAAGAGCGCAGCACACGUGGAGGACCAGCUGAAGGCCUCGAGCCGCAAGCUGGAGAAGUUACACUGGGAGCUGCAGGAGCUGAAUGCCAGGUCUAUGGCUACAGAGAAGGACAGCACCACAGGUUCCUCGGAUGAAGUCGACAACCAAUCGGCCGAGUCGUGCCAGUGGGAAGAGGUCACGUCACCUCUGGCCAGUCGAGUCCGGACCCUGAAGAAACAGCUCACCAUGGAAACCAAAGUCAAACAGGGAGCUGAGAACAUGAUCCAGACCUACACCAACAGCUCAGUCAAGGACAGAAAGAUGAUGUCCACAGCGCAGCAGAUGCUGCAGGACAGCCGCACUAAGAUCGAGCUCCUCCGCAUGCAGAUCAUCAAAGUCAGUCAAGCCAAAGACGGAGAGCGGGAAGGCUCACAGGGUCAGCCUGACGUGACCAUCAGCUCUCUGGAGCUGCGUGUGGCUGAACUCAUGCAUCACAUGAAGAUUGAAUCGGCCGUCGCAGAAGGAGCCAAGAAUGUGGUUAGACAGCUGAGUGGGAGGAAGGUCCAGGAUCGCAGGAUACUGGCAGAGGCUCAAGCCCGCAUGGAGGAGUCGUCUCAGAAGGUGGAUUUGUUGCGUCUCUCUCUGGAGAGGCGUUUAAGCGAGCUGCCUCCGGAUCAUUCCAAACAAGUCGAGAUCAGAGAGGAGCUCACGACGGGAACGUCUCCUCUGUUUGGAACGCCGAAGAAACGAUCCAACGGCCCGUCUGCGUGCCCCUCCUCCUCCUCGUCUUUCUUCAAACCAGCCAGUAUAACAGGUCGUUUGGAGGUGUGUUUGAAAGGCUGUCAGAGCCUGUUGGAGUCUGUUCCGGGUCGAGGUCGUGUCACAAGCGUCUCUGCGAACCCGGGACACGUCUCAGACGGGAAGUCCCUAAAGGUGAGAUCCGGCCUAUCAGGGCGCAGCGCCAACGGGAAGUCCAUGAAGGCCGACGAGCUCUCCGCUGAGGUGAGUGUGGUGUUAAAGGUCGACAACAGGGUCGUCGGUCGAACACACUGGAGACCACUGGGAAACGAGGCCUGGGAUCAGAGCUUCAGCAUCGAACUGGAACGGUCCAGGGAGCUGGAGAUCGCUGCAUACUGGAGAGACUGGCGAGCGUUGAGUGGGGUGAAGUUUCUGCGUCUGGAGGACUUUCUGGAUAACCGUCGCCAUGGGAUGUGUCUGCAGCUGGAGCCUCAGGGCGUCCUAUUUAUCGAGGUCACAUUCCUCAAUCCUGUCAUCGAGCGCUACAAACUCCAGAGACAGAGGAGGAUUUUCCCAAAAGAGAAAGGGAAGGACUUCUUGCGUGCGGCUCAGAUGAACAUGAACUUUGCCACGUGGGGUCGUUUGAUGAUGAGCAUCCUCCCUCCCUGCAGCUCUCUGGAGCCCAUGAGCCCUCCGUUAGCCGGCCCGAAUGCCGGCUCUGCAUCCUCCAUCACCUCUCCUCCGAGGGUGAAUCUGAACUUUACUGAAGAACAAGCUGGCAGAUCUCCACAUCGCUCGAUAAAGAACAAAGACUCUCCCAUGUCUCCUCCAGAGAACAAGAGCCCGAAGCCAAAGAGACAACCGUCCAUCCAGCCGACACCACAACGGGACGAGGGGCUUCAGAUGGAAGACUUCAACUGUAUCUCUGUGCUCGGACGAGGUCACUUUGGAAAGGUGCUGCUAGCAGAAUAUAAGAAGUCGGGGAAACUUUAUGCCAUCAAAGCCCUGAAGAAAGGCGACAUCGUGACACGAGACGAAGUCGACAGCCUGGUGUGUGAGAAGCGGAUCUUUGAAGUGAUAAACGUCUCCCACCAUCCAUUCCUGGUGAACCUGUACGGCUGCUUCCAGACCGCCGACCACAUGUGCUUCGUGAUGGCGUACUCACCUGGAGGAGACCUGAUGACUCACAUCCACACGAGCAUCUUCACCGAGAAACAAACCCUAUUUUAUUCUUCGUGCGUGCUGCUCGGCCUCGAGUUCCUCCACCAGCACAAAAUCGUUUACAGAGAUCUGAAGCUGGAUAAUCUGCUGAUGGAUGCAGACGGCUACGUCAGGAUUGCAGACUUUGGUCUCUGUAAAGAAGGUAUGGGUCACGGGGAUCGAACCUCCACGUUCUGUGGCACACCCGAGUUUCUGGCCCCGGAGGUUCUGACAGACAACAACUACACCCGCUGUGUGGACUGGUGGGGGCUGGGGGUGCUCAUCUAUGAGAUGAUGGUGGGGGAGUCUCCGUUCCCAGGUGAUGAUGAGGAGGAAGUGUUCGACAGCAUCGUCAACGAUGACGUCCGCUACCCUCGCUUCCUUUCUCCAGAGUCUGUGUCCCUCAUCCAGAAGCUGCUGCAGAAGAAUCCUGAGAUGAGACUUGGAGCGGGAGAAGAAGACGCUGCUCAGAUCAAAAGACACAAAUUCUUCCAGUCGAUUGACUGGAACGCUCUCCUGGCCAAAAAGGUGAAGCCUCCAUUCCUGCCGGUCAUCAGAGCGCCGAAAGACGUGAGCAACUUCGACGAGGAGUUCACUCGCCUGAAACCCGUCCUCACCCUCCCGCGGACCACCUACAUCCUCACUGACGAGCAACAAGAGAUCUUUGCUGACUUUGACUUCUCUUGCAUGAGAUGACCGAAGGGAUUCGCCCUCACAGCUGCUGCCUCAUUGUCGUCAUCGUCGUCACUUUGUCAUAAACUGCCUCUACUUUGUCCAAGAGAAACGCCAGUCCUGCCUUUUUCACAUCCGUUCAGCUCCACAUUUCCAAUUGCCUUCCAUCUCUGCGAACAGUUCACUGCAAAACACUACAGAGCCCUCAAGAUACAAGAAACUGCACUUUCAACACAAGCCGGGUCGGCGCUCAGGAGCAGCGUUUAAAUGUUUAACAUAUUUGUGUCUGUCAGAUUGAUAAUAACGACCAUUAAAAGGGAAUUCAUGUAUUUAGAAACCUGGAGCCUCUUGUUUGGAGGGUCUUAAAGGACUGAUAGGUACAAAACGUUGAUUCCUGCAGCGGGGAAACAUGCUGUAAUGGCUGCGACUUAAUCCUGAACUGAAAUAAAGAAAGUUUCAGUCAAUACAGCCUAUUGUUAUGGCUACCAACUGAAACCUCAAAGGUCACAUAUUACACAAAAUCCACUUCUCUAUGUUCCUCUAACUCCAAUAUGUGUCUCUAGUCCGUCCACAAACCCCCCAAUGAUGAGAAAAGUCCAUCGUCUCCGUCUUCUGCCUGCUCCA